AUGUGGUGGUGCAUUUUGCGCUCGAGAGUCGGUGACACGUGGACGCGCUAUGGGGCGUUGUUGUACCUGCAGUGCACGCAUCCGAGGAAGGCGCUUCCGGCCAGCGGCAAACCCAAGUGGCAAUAUACGAGGAAAGAGCGAAUCAUGCUGGCUUCCACGUACCGCUACUUGGAAGUGAAUGUGACCCUGUAUCAGCAGAAGCGAGUUUCGCGUUCGCGGCGGCCAGAAUCACAGCUGGAGACGAGGCGGCACUACGAGCAAUACGAAGUACUCCGUACAUAA